AUUUCUUAUCUAUCAUUUCGCAGUUUUAAUGAUUUUUUUAAUAACGUUAUCCUUAACUACAAUAAAUAUAUGUUUUGGAUUAAAUUUAGGCUGUAUGUUGUACAAAUUGUGAAGCCACACAUGUUUGUGAAAAUGUAGCCUUACACAUGAUAUACUUCAGAAAAAUACUUAUGUUUAGAAAUAAAUAAAAUGGUAAUACAGUUUACAUCAAGUGCUUCAUCAACAGUCAUCAAUAGAAAUGUACGAAACUGACUAUAAAAUAUAUUAUAUGCCUAAUCGAUCGAGUACAGAAAAACGUAACUAGUUGAGAGAUACCAAGUAGGAGACUCGAAAAAAAUCAUUUUAUGGUGUUGGUACUCAUUAAAUUGAGCUGUGGAUAAAUAUUGCUAUACCAUAAUCACUUAGUAGCGUCUAAAUUCGCCAUAUUUUAUGUUUUAUUCAGAAACCAUUACAAAACCUUUAGAAUUUGUACUUAUUGGAGUUAAAACAAUUAAUCAUUUAUUUUUUUACAACCAAGACGUUGUUAAAACGUAAUAAUAUUUCAAAUUGAAAAUAUACUACUUGCAUUGUCAAAAUGGAGUUCAAAUUCUCUAUUGAAGAAAUAGCUAUUAAAGAAAUAUUAAAAAUUGAUCAUAACUUAUCAAUUGAUGGAUGCCAGAAAAGCAACAAAUUGCAAAAAAUGAUUGGUGAAAUUAUUGAUGGCAUGGGAUCUGCAUCUGCUGUAGCACAAGAAUUGAAGUCUCCUGUUACUACUACUGAAAAACUUGUUAAAUCUGAUCAUAUAGUUUAUGUAAUGACAGAACAUCCUGAACAAAAAAAAUUUUCAGUGGUAGGAAUUUUGAAGAUGGGAUGGAAAAAGUUAUUUCUUUAUGAUAAAACUGGAUCUCGUUCUGAAGCUAUGGUGUAUUGCUUAUUAGACUUUUACAUUCAUGAAACACGACAGCGUAAAGGUUAUGGGAAACGUCUUUUUGAGUUUAUGUUAAAAGACACUGGAUUGAUGGCCAAGCAUUUAGCAAUUGAUAAACCUACUAAAAAACUAAUGCAAUUUAUGUGGAAACAUUAUAAGUUAUCCAAGUUGGUAAAUCAAGGAAACAAUUUUGUUAUUUUUGAAGAAUUUUUUGACAAUCAAGAUGAAAAAGAUUGUAAAAAUAAUUUAAGUCGGGCUUCAGCAUAUCAACGACAACCUAUGUUUGGGAGACAUGGAGCACAUAAACAUCACGAUUCAAUGGGAGAAAUAAUCCAAGGAGACGGUAAUGCAGCAAGUAUGAAAUACAAAUACUGUGAAAAUCCUGAUAUUGUUAGUAAUCAAUUCAGUGAAGCCAAUCCAUUCCCAGAAAAAGCGAGUACUUUUAAAAUUAAUAAAGAUGGAGUAUCAGUAAAAAGAGAUCUAAAAUUUCAUCAUAAUUCUUUAUGGUAAUUUAUUUAUUAGUAAUUUUCUUGUGAAUGAUUUUUUAAUUAUUUAUUAAUUUAAUGACAUAUUUUAAUCAUUAAAAAAUUUUAUGAAAUAUUUUAUUUUUACUUAUAUUUUAGUGAUAAAUAGUAACAUUUAACUUUUCUGUGUUGAAUAAAAUAAACAUGUUUCUUACACAAUCA